GUAGCAGAGAAGCUGAGUCAUGGCUGUCCCUACUGCGAGGCGAUGUUUGCCACAAAGGUGCGCCUGCAGAAGCACAAGCUGUGGAACCACCCCGACCGGGUUAGUAUGGAGCCCAAGGACGAGCAGCCCAAGCUCCAAAAGGCCCCCGUCAAGUCCAACGCCAAGAAAAGGCCCAUGGAGAACAGCCCCCCCUCCCCCGUGUUCUUCAAAGUGAAGAAGACCCACGAGGUGUCGGCGCCCUCGCGCAACGGCGAGCUGGCCCACCAGAGGAGCGAGAGGAAGCCGCACGGCCACAGUCAGCCUCCUCCUCCUCCUCCUCCUCCUCCUCCUCCUCCUCCUCCUCCACAGCAGCAGCAGCAGAUCCACCAUCCCUCGCCGGUCCUGCCUCAGUCCCAGCAGUCCCACAGCGCGUCGUCGGACGGGGAGGGCAGCGACAGCGAUGGCGACAGCCUUCCCGCGUCCUUCCCCGACGAAGACCCGGAGCGAAUGAGGCACAGACGGAAGCAGAAAACGCCGAAGAAGUUCACCGGAGAGCAGCCGUCCAUAUCUGGAACAUUCGGACUGAAAGGUAUGACCAAGGUGGAGGAGAAGCUGAAGGCGGGCCGUGCGAAGAGGUCAGAAGGGAGUGGGUUCAGCGAGGAGCCCCAGAGAAGACCGACUUCAAGUCAGUCCUCCAAGAAGGAUCCGGCUGCAACCGGCUCUGGCGCCGACACCCAAUGGCAGCGGGCGAUCCAGGAGCGAGGGGAGGUGGUGUGCCCCACCUGCUCCAUCGUCACCAGGAAAACCGUCCACGGCCUCAAGAAACACAUGGAGAUCUGCCAAAAGCUCCAGGAUGCCCUGAAGUGCCAGCAGUGCCACAAACAGUUCAGGUCCAAGGCCGGCCUCAACUACCACACCAUGGCUGAACACAGCACCAAGCCCUCGGGAAGCGAACGCCAGACGGGCGACAAGCAAGAGGAGAGAGAACGACUGCGGAGAGUGUUGAAACAGAUGGGACGAAUCAAGUGUCCUAGCGAGCACUGUGGGAAGACGUACCACUCCAAGACCGGCAGAGACUACCACGUGCGUACCGAACACUGCCCGGCUAUCGUCGCCGUGACGACCACCGACGACAGGGACGUCAUCACCGACACCAACAACAACACUGGCAAAGAGAGGGUGGUCUCCGGGGAGUCUCCAUCACUCGGGAAGAAGGAGCCGAGCCCCCCCGAGAAGGAGGAGCGGCAGGAGAAAGCCCCCCCCGGCCCGCCGAGGGACAAGGAGAGAGAAGCCGGGGACAAGGAGAGGGAGAGGGAGCGAGUCAAGGAGAGGGAGCGAGUCAAGGAGAGGGAGCGAGUCAAGGAGAGGGAGCGAGUCAAGGAGAGGGAGCGAGUCAAGGAGAGAGCGCCGCCGGCCGCCAACCAAGGGGACGACUUCGAGCGCACCCCGAGCGGCAGGGUGCGGCGCCGCUCGGCCCAGGUGGCGGUGUUCCACCUGCAGGAGAUAGCGGAGGACGAGCUGGCCAAAGACUGGGGCACCAAGCGCCGCAUCAAGGACGACCUGGUGCCGGACAGCAAGAGGUUAAACUACACGCGUCCCGGCCUCCCCAACUUCAGCCAAGAGCUGUUAGAGACCUGGAAGAACCAAGUGAAGGAGAAGGGCUUCAUCUGCUGCAUCAACGAAAACUGUGAAGCUGUGUACUCCAGCGUAUCGGGACUGAAGGCCCACCUGGCCAACUGCAGCCAGGGUGGCGGAGAACUGGGAAAGUACACUUGUCUGAUCUGUCAGAAGGACUUUAGCUCGGAGAGCGGCGUGAAGUACCACAUCAGCAAGACACACUCACAGAACUGGUUCCGUGCGGCGGCCAGCCAGGUGGCCUCCAGCGCCAAGAGCAAAGCGCCGGAGAACAACGGCAUCAAAGGCGAGGUGCGGAACGGCGCCGCCACGGGCAAGAAGAGGGGCCGCAAGCCCAAAGAGCGCCCCCUUGUGGCUGCUGCGCCCCUCCUCCUCCAAACACAAACUGAAGCGUCGCCCGCCACUCAGAACUCGACCCCCGCCUCGGCGACUCCCUCACAGACCCCGACCCGGACGCCCGACCCGACGACGACGACGACGGACGGCGCCGACCCGGGCCGAACCGGACAGCCCGCCGUCCCCGGCGCCGCCAGACGGAGCAAACCGCAGAGGCCGCCGCUCUCGGAGUAGCUCCUCCCACCCAGUCGGAGUAGCUCCUCCCCCCCUCGCUGGAGGAGUCGCGGGCAGGAAGCUCAAAAGACCUUUUUUGAACUCAACCUUUCAGAAACAUUUAGUACAGAGUCGACGUGUCUGCUGGUAUAAACAACGCUCCUGGAUCAGUUUCAUUUCUCCAUUCCUCUUUUGUCUCCCUUUUUUUUUUUUUAAAGGCACAGGUCUGGCUUUCUGUGGGGGGGUGGGGGGGGGUAGU